UAAUAUCAGCUACCACCUCUAUUAAAGCCCUUCAUUAAACGUGAUACGCGCACUAGGUAAGGGCGUAGGCUGGGGCCCCCGCAGUGAUUUCAGACAAAGCUCAGCUAGCAUCAGUUAAAAAAAACCAGCGGGGCACGAGCUACAGCAGUGGUCACACGCAGGAUCCGCUCAGUCACAAACACGGUGGAUUUUACCGCAGUGCAUCUGCAGCAUCCUCUGAUCGGAGCGACAGGGGUACCGCUGUGGCGCAGGAGAAAACACCGUUAUCAGGCACAGGAGGACGGAUUGUGUGUACUUUUGUGGAGGGUUUGCUUUUUCUAUGCACCCCAUGCUCUCACGCAUUUUAUCUGCCCGGAGUGCGGGGUCGUUAGAUGGUCGUGAAAUCCUUCCACCUUCAUCACAGGAGAGGAAUAUUCUUUUUUUGCUCGGACACGACUCGAGGAGAGGAGGCCUGUAUAUCAGGACAGUGUUUUCAGUGAUCCAAUAGAGGAGCAAUAUUAUAGCUACAUUAUUUCGGUCUGUAUUUCAUCUGUAGCGUGUUAAAUGAUAGCCAUUUCUUAUCCUACAGCAUAUACAUUAUAUAUGCACGGGUGAGUAGGCGUACUGUAGACAGUCAGUAGCUUGCAUGUUGCACCUUAUAUAAACACACAUUAAUUAUAUUCUUUGUGAAGCCUGUAAAUACAGAGCAGAGCAUGCGGCCCCAGGCAGGUCUAAUGAUUGCUCUGUGCAUCUCACAUUAAAGGCCUCAGGGACAAACCAAAUUAAAUAUCAGGGUGUUGAUCUGGAGAGCACUGUGAGUCACCAGGAUUGUUAUAUGUGCUGUUUUGUAAUUAGAAGCACAAUAAAAGCCAGAAUUUGAACACAUCAGGUGAAUAGAUAUAAAUAAGGGGGCUGUGUCUAAAGCAGCAGGGAAUUGUGCCACCUUGAGCACUGUUGACACAUCCUAAAACACAUUUACCAUAAGGAAGGCCUGCAGGCAGAUACAUUUUGGCUGCAACAAUAGAUGCCUGACACAUUACUUUUUUUAAACCUCAACAACUCAGUUGUGGAACUCCAUACAAAAACCAACAAAGAAGAAGAACCACGUUUUUUUUAGGCUCGUAACCAUAAUCCGGUGACAUGGAUGUAUCAAACAUUGUUGUCCUCUUUAUUUUCUUCAAUAUGAUGGACCUCUACCAGUGCCGGGGGGCCUGUGCCGAGGUGGAUUCCGACACGGAGGCAGUGGCAGGCAUGGGCUUCAAACUCGGCUGCAUCUCCUGCAAGAAGAGGACUGAAGUGGAGGCCUCUGCCACUGUGGAUUGGUACUUCAGGAGCAAAGGAGAGGCCGACUUUGUUCAUAUCUACACCUACAACGAGGACGGCGCCACCAUUGAAAGCGACCACUUUAUAGACCGUCUGGAUUGGAACGGAAGUAAGAGGAGCAACGACAUCCAAGACGCAUCCAUAUACCUGCUCAAUGUCACCUUCAACGACUCGGGGACCUACCGCUGCUUCUUCAACCGCAUCCUCUUCUACGACAACUAUGAGUACAGCACCGUCAUCAGCAAGAUGGUGCAGCUCACCGUGGUGCCUAAAGCGACCCGAGGAACGGCUUCCAUCGUGUCCGAGGUCAUGAUGUACGUGUCCAUCAUCGGCCUGCAGGUGUGGCUGCUCAUAGAGAUGAUUUACUGCUACAGGAAAAUCUCAGCUGCUGGGGAGGAAGCAUUACGAGAAGCGGCAAAUGCUGAAUAUUUAGCGAUAGCCUCGGAAAGUAAAGACAACUGUGCGGGGGUGCAGGUCGGCGAAUAGCACAGGCUUCUUCCUUGGACUGAAAACAUCCUUCCCCUCACUGACCUGCAUGUAGACAACUCGGGGGUGGGGAAACUCCUCUUCAUCUCAAGCCUUUAUUUUACCUAUUCCUCGACGAAGAUCACUCAUGGAUAAAACAUCACAGAGAGCAUGGUCAGCACUGUACAUAGUAUCCUGCGCCACAAAGCAUGUCCUGCCCUGCACUUAAUUGAGAAAUCAUUAUGCAUUAAUGAAAUUGUCAAAAGCAUAAACUGUACAUACAGUAUUUCUUUUAAGUAUGUGGAAUCACUCAUUUAUAUAAAAUGGAAGAUGUACUAUGGGCGUCUGUUGGACUCCAUGAGGCUGAUUGUAUUGAAAGCUUUUUACUGAAUCAUCACCACGUAAUGUAUAAAAAACGCAACACACAACUUGUAUGGUAAUUUAUAAAAAAUAGAAUGUGAUGGAUUAUGAUAGACCAUCUUUCCACUUGCUGGUUGUACAUUCAAUGAAAACUUAAGAUGCCAUAAUAAAAACUCUUAAAAG